UCACACCCAAACAAGAGACAUUUCGCUGGUGAUUACUGUCUGAUGCUAACUAACUGGACUUUAAUCUUUUUACCUUACUCUGAUCAUAAUGUCUCAGGAUCCGUGGUUACAGAAUUAUGAUGCCACGUGUCGCCUGGCACAGGAAGUAGCAGAACACCUUCAUGAACGAAACAGGCAACAGAGAACAGGGGGGAACCCUGCAAAGAUCAACAUGACACUACGGGCGUCUCUGCAGAAGCUCAAACAGAAUAUUUCCCAGCUCAAAGAGGGUUUGUUGCGAGCAUCAUCAGCUCGUCGCUUAAUGCAGCCAGAAGCUGAUAGGAGGCAGAACCUUAUUGAUGAACUGCUAACCAGAGAGAAGCAGCUCAAUGCCACUUUCAGAGGAGACGUCACAGAGCCUGAAUCUUCAAGGUCGACGUUGAUGGGCAUGGGGUCAGGAACGAGUGGAGGUGGUGCGGCCAACCCCUGGCUGAUCAACGAGUCAGAGGACACCAGAGGGCUGACCUUUGGCGAAAUCAAACAGCAGCAACAACGAGUCAUUGAAGUCCAGGAUGCAGGCUUGGAUGCACUCGCAGCUGUCAUCAGCCGGCAUAAGAUAAUGGGCCAGGAGAUCGGCAAUGAGCUGGAUGAACAGAAUGUACAGACAGUUAUUGUCUGUUUCUACAACAUUGACGGUCUUCUAGUUGGGAAAAGAAGGCGUUGUACUACACUGCAAUAUCCUGUCUGAGCAGUUGUUCCCAAACAGGUUGUAUAACAAAGUGAUCUCGACAUGGAAACAAACGACCUUGCCUUCUGCUGAGAAGGAAUGGCAGAUGUUUGCUUGACACCAAUGGGAGAAUGGAAGAGAAAGAAAGGAAAGCUGAUUGUUUUAGCCCUCUUUCCUGUGACCAUGUUGAACUGGAGAUGGAUCAUUGCUCUAAUGCUCCGACUGGCGUGCUUUUCUUCUCGCUCUUUCAGCUUGAAGUCAGUGUUUCCAAUAAUAUGAAUGUGAACGGGUGAUGGGAGAGUUGUAACUGAGAAUUCCACCAGUUCCACCGCAAGAAAGCGAAAGCAACUUCAUUUUGCCGUGGAAACAAUGGCCUGUCCAUACACUCAUCUUUAGAUUCUACAUGACAAUUCAUUUUGAAACUCAAUUAUGUAUUUCGGUAAUGACCCCACACCAUUUGUUGGUAUUGUAAUCAGCUCUAUGGGGGUAAAUCAAAACUAUAGGAAAGUAUAGAAUCUUA